AUGGCCGACGACAGCCGUCGGUCCAGCGCUUCCAGCCGCGCCGACACGCCGCUCCUUCAAGCCAGCACCGCGCUCGCCCCCGACGCAGACAUAACCUCCAGCGACCUGAACGUCAUGGAUUCCCAGCCGGAGCUGGUCGUCGGCGGCCCGCCCAAUGCUCCCUCGCCUCUGGAGCUCCGCGCCUUCGCCUCUCAGCCGCCCAAGAGCUGCUUCGCUAGACCCGUCGAAUACCACCAACUCGAGCUCGUUGCGCCCUGCGAUAAGAACCUGUGCUGUCUGAUUUGCAUGGAGCCCUAUGUCAAUCCCAAGCGCCUCCUUUGCGAGCAUACCUUCUGCGAGGUCUGCCUGAGCGACCACAUUCGCUAUGCCAUCGGCCAGUCCUACAGCUACCCGGGUAGCGGUGCCCGCUGCCCCACCUGUCGCCGCGAGCUGAACAUGGACGCCGAGCCACUUGGGGUUUCGAGGAUCGUUACAAACAUGUUGGACGAGUUGCUUGUAAAGUGCCCGAACAAGGCCGAGGGUUGCGCCUGGCAGGGCCAGCGCUGUGAGGUCCAGGACCAUAUUGACUUCGCCUGCGAGUACCGCUUGGUCGAAUGUCCGGCCCGCGCAUGCUCUCAUCCUGUCAUGGCCAAAGAUUUGGAUAAGGGAUGUCUCCACAACUUUGUCAACUGCGAGUACUGCGACGAGCGCGUCAUGGUUAUUCAACUCGAGGCGCAUCAUCUGAAGGUGUGCCCUUUCCGUAUGGACGAUUGCCGCGACUGCGGCUCUGAAGUUGUCCGCAAGGAGAUGGAAGCCCACCGCUCGAAUGAUUGCCCUAAAGCAAUCAUCAACUGUCCCGCGCAGGAUUUUGGAUGCGACUACAAUUGCCAGCGAGAUCAGAUGGACGAGCACAAACGCGGCUGCACAAUCGCUAGGAUGCUACCCAUGCUACAGCGCAUGAAGACGCGCCAGGAUGAUCUUGAAGCUGAGAACAGCCAGCUCCGUCGUCAGGUGUCGUGCCUCGAACAGGGUCUCAAUGCUCUACAAGCUAUGGUUGCCCUCCCGCCGGGAGCCACGGCCUACGAGGUCCCUGGCGCUGCUGAUCUCACGAACUUGAACCCAAUCUCAGACGCCAACCACCAGGACCUUAUCGCGCAGCAUGAGACUUUGCGCAACGAGGUUUCGCGUUUGAGCAACAUGAUCGCCGAGGUCGAGGCACGCACCAACAUACAGCUGCACAACGAGGUCCUCCGUAUCAAUACCGACAUGGCUCGUACCGAAGCCGCCCUUGGUGCCAUGCGUAGUCAGCAACAGUGGCUCAUUAAUGCCCGCCUGCAUGCCAUUGCUCAAAUGCGUGCCAAUGCAGCCGCGAAUACCUCUAGUAGUUCUGCUACCAACACUACUGCUGGUGCCGCUGGUGGCUCGACUGCCACCGCCGGCUCCAGCUCUCGAAGCACGCUCUCCCCGCUCAUUCCCGCAAAUGCCCUCACUCCUGCCGCAGCCUCCUCCUCACGUCCGGGAGGCUCUGAGUACCGUUUUGAGUACCGCUAUGGAGGCGGUGUCCGUGGCCACCGUAGUAGCUCCAGCCCAGUGGCAGCUGUUCGCCGCCAUACGGUACACUCACGCGAGGGAAGUGGUGAAUACUACUGGGGAGGCAUGGACCGUGCCACGGCCGAGUACUACGCCAACCAGGCCCUUCGCAUGCAGGGCAUCCUUGACCAUCGGUGA